AUGACCUCUGAGGAGAUGACCGCGUCUGUUCUUGUCUCUGUGGUACAGGGUAAAGUGAUACCUGCUCAGUCAGCUGGAGAUGAGAAUACUCAAAAUGCUUUGGACACCAGUGUUAUAAAAAGACAUGCUGCCAGUCCAGGAAGGCAAACCACACACGCUUUCUCAUACUUAAACAGACUUGAAGAAGAAAGUCUUCAGGGCUCAGUGCCCAAAAUAUUCUCUCUGGCAAAAGAAAAACUGACUAAUGACAAUAGUAAUGAAAACUUCUGGGAGAGGAACAGCUCCAUCCCUGAUUCAGUGGAAUUUCUUAACAUUAACUGUAACGUUGUGCAGAAAAACUACAAGAGCAAUAUCCCGUGCAGCCAGCUGUAUAAAUCCUGUGAUCCUUUAGCAGGGGCAGAGGCAUGCCUGGAAACUGGAAUUCCUGCUUCACUGGAAAGAGCCAUGCUUGCUGAAAUUCAGUUGAAAAUGAAUGGACCUUCGUUGAGAAGCCAGACAGCAGUAAAUAAGAAUGACAGCAAUGAUACUGACAAAGUGGCUUUUUUUCACUUUCACUGUGCUAGUGAAAGGAAUAUAUCAAAAGCUCUGUGCAGUUUACACAGCAGCUACAUUUUGGAUAACUGCUUGCAGCCAGUAAGUGUUGGUAUUGGUAACACUACUCGUUCCUCGGCCUGCACUUGCAGAUUAAUGGAGUUGACAAAUAAUUGUGAGAAUGAAAAUGAGCAGCAGCUGUAUGAAGACACUUUAAGGGAUAAGUAUUUAUUUCUGGAAAAAGCAUCACGGAAGGUUAAAGUGGCGUGCUCAGGUCACAACUUCUGUGGAAAUAACUUUACUGGAAGAAUGCCCUCAAAGCCGUUUCUGAGCCAUUUUGAAGACUGUAAUGAUAACUGUGAAGAAGAUUUGGAAGAGGAUUUUUUCAGAAACAAAAAGGAACGUUCUACAUUGUUGAUAAGACGAUUCUGUAAAAAUGAUAAAGAGGUUAAAAAAUCAGUUUAUACUGGAACGAGAGCAAUUGUUAGGACUUUACCUUCAGGGCACAUAGGAACUGUUGCUUGGAAUUAUGUUGAGCAAAGAAGAAACAACAGUGUCUUGAAGCUGUCUAGGAUUACAACAGAACAGCUAACUAUAAUUCAGACUUUAAUAAAAUGGGAAUUUAAUUCCAUUCUUGAGAUGUCUUUGUGGUAUGAGAUCUUCAGUACAGUGAGAGAAGAAGAAGGAGCAGAAGACAUUUUGGAAUAUUUUCCUCAUCUUCUGAGAAAACUGCCAACAUUUGAUGCAGACUGUAUAUGCAACAGUGAUGGCUUUUGUGUAAAACCAUGUGUAACAGGUGCUUACUGUCAGUACCGUGCCACUUUGCAGAGGACUGCUCUCUCUAACUAUAUAACUGGUGCUUUACUAGAAGCAACUACAUCACUAGGAGCAAGAAGUGGUCUUUUAAAUCUCUUCGGAGGAUCGACUGGAAGAACAAUGCUUAAAGAACGUCAAGCGUGUGCAUCUAUGGCUAGCUCCAGUGCCCUUCCCUGUAAUGUGGCUGGUAUCAGCAAAGAGCUGAUUGAACUGCAGCACCUCAUCCAGUUCCCAGAGGAGGUUGCCAGCAUGUUGACUGAGCAGGAGCAGGAGCUCUACCGUAAAGUCUUACCCAUUGACUACCUCUGCUUUUUAACCAGGGAUUUGGGUAACGCUGAGUGUCAAAGCAAGCUGCCGUCUAUUAAAGCUUCCAUAUCUGCUUCUAUUCUUUCUUCUCCCAAUGGUGAACAUAAUGCUGUAGAAGAUCUGGUGACAAGGUUUAAUGAGGUGAGCUCAUGGGUUACCUGGCUGAUCCUGACUGCAGGUUCUAUGGAGGAGAAACGAGAAGUCUUCUCGUAUUUAGUACAUGUGGCAAAAUGCUGCUGGAAUAUGGGCAACUACAACGCUGUAAUGGAAUUCCUGGCAGGGCUGAGGUCAAGGAAAGUUUUAAAAAUGUGGCAAUUUAUGGACCAGUCUGAUAUUGAAACCAUGCGAAGUCUGAAAGAUGCUAUGGCACAACACGAGUCAUCAUCUGAAUACAGGAAAGUGGUUAACCGGGCACUCAAUAUUCCAGGCUGUAAAGUUGUUCCUUUCUGUGGUGUAUUUUUAAAAGAGCUUUGUGAAGUUUUGGAUGGGACAUCAAGCCUUAUCAGACUCUGCCCACGAUAUAACACCCAGAAUGAAACAUUAGAGUUUGUUUCAGAUUACAGUGGACAAGAUAAUUUCUUGCAACGAGUAGGCCAAGAUGGUUUAAAUAAUCCAGAGAAAGAAUCAACAGCAAACAGUAUCUUUCAAACGAUUCGGAGCUGCAAUCGCAGUUUGGAAUCUGAAGAGGGUGAAGAUAAUUUUAGUGAAGGCAGUAAUUCAAGAAAAAACUCUUUGAAGGACAAAACCCGGUACCAAUUUAUAAUUGGAGAUCUUUCAGAUUCUGAAAGUGAUAUAUUUGAGCAGUUGAAGGAGUGGGACACUAGUUCAACAGAAGAGCAACAAAAGGCUUUCUGCCAUGGGAUAGAACUCAUUCCCUGGUAUGUGUUAUCUAUCAGGGCUGAUGUCCACCAGUUCAUGCAACAAGGGGCAACUGUCAUUCAUUAUGAUCAGGAGACACAUCUCUCAGCACGUUGCUUCCUUCAACUUCAGCCUGACAAUAGUACUUUGACUUGGACAAAACCAACAACAGUUUGCCCUGCAAGCGUGAAGGCAAAACUCAGUGUGCUGGGUAGUACUUCUGAGCUUGGUAAAUACCAGAUUCUUGGUAAUACUGGACUGGUGGAAGGUGUUUUGGACUUGUUUUCAGCCAAGGCUGUAUAUAUGGGACACUCUGGCAUUGAUAUGCACACUGUGUGUGUUCAAAAUAAACUUUGCAAUAUGUCCCUUGAAGAAAAUGGUAUAACACUACUUUAUGGACUUCAGACUACUGAUAAUAAGUUGCUGCACUUUGUUGCUCCAAAAUACACUGCCAGAAUGCUGUAUGAUGGAUUGCUGGAAUUGACUAAAGCUGUAAGAAAAAUGAGGAGAUUCCCUGAUCAAAGACUACAGUGGCUACGGAAACAGUAUGUCAGCCUUUACCAGGAGGAUGGAAGGUUUGAAGGCCCAACCUUGGCUCAGGCUGUUGAACUGUUUGGAGGCAGACGAUGGAGUGCAAGAAACACAACUGCAGGAACUCUUACCAAAAGCACCGAGAAACCUAGUGUCCAGAGAAACAACACUCUGGGAUUAAAUGCAGCUAAGAAAAAGAAAAAAGUACUCAUGAGGGGUGAAAGUGGAGAGGCCACUGAUGAUGAAAUGGCAACUCGGAAGGCAAAAAGCUCUAAGGAAUAUCGUAAUAGGAGUGGUUCAGAUCCUCAAGAUCUUGAUGAACAUGAAGAACCAGAUCAAAAUAUUACUAUUAAUGUUUCUCCAUCUAACAACCUGCCAUCAAGAAGAGCUCACUCUCUGACAGCAUCUGGAUCUCCUAAUUUAGGAGCUACAACAUCUUCACCAGCAAGACCAGUCUCCUCUCCUGUAAUUUCUUCAAGCAAGAGUCAGUCUAGUGCAUGGAGCAGCAGUAGCUGGCAUGGCCGCGUUAAAGGAGGAAUGAAGGGGUUUCAGAACUUCAUGGUGUCUGAUAGUAACAUGACUUUUGUGGAAUUUGUAGAGCUCUUCAAAUCUUUCAGUGUCCGUAGCCGCAAGGAUCUGAAAGACCUCUUCGAUGUCUAUGCUGUGCCUUGCAAUCGAUCUGGUUUAGAGCCUGCUCCACUUUAUACUAAUUUGAAGAUUGAUGAAAAUAGUAGCGGAUUCCAGCCUGAUUUAGAUUUGUUGACUAGGAAUGUUUCAGACCUUGGUUUGUUCAUUAAGAGCAGGCAGCAACUAUCAGAUAACCAGAGGCAAAUAUCUGAUGCUAUUGCUGCUGCCAGUAUAGUAACCAACGGUACUGGAGUUGAAAGCACAUCACUGGGAAUAUUUGGAGUGGGAAUCCAGCAGCUAAAUGACUUCCUAGUUAACUGCCAAGGAGAACACUGCACCUAUGAUGAAAUCCUCAGUAUUAUCCAGAAAUUUGAACCCAGUGUGAACAUGUGCCAGCAGGGGCUGCUAUCUUUUGAAGGAUUUGCAAGAUUUUUGAUGGAUAAAGACAACUUCGCCUCCAAAAACGAUGAGUCACAAGAGAAUGCUGAGGACUUGCACUAUCCACUGUCGUAUUAUUACAUAGAGUCUUCACACAACACUUACCUUACUGGCCAUCAACUUAAAGGGGAGUCCUCAGUAGAGCUCUACAGCCAGGUUCUUUUACAAGGCUGCAGAAGUGUAGAAUUAGACUGCUGGGAUGGCGAUGAUGGGAUGCCUAUCAUUUAUCAUGGGCACACUCUUACUACCAAGAUUUCUUUUAAGGAGGUAGUGGAAGCUAUUGAUCGCAAUGCAUUUAUCACCUCUGACAUGCCAAUUAUUAUAUCAAUAGAAAACCACUGUUCCUUGCCUCAACAACGCAAGAUGGCUGAAAUUUUCAAGAAUGUAUUCGGAGAUAAGCUGGUAGCCAAGUUUUUAUUUGAGAGUGACUUUUCUGAUGAUCCCAUGCUUCCAUCACCUGACCAACUCAAAAGAAAAAUCCUGCUGAAGAAUAAGAAGCUGAAAGCCCAUCAAACACCAGUGGAUAUAUUGAAACAAAAGGCUCACCAGCUGGCACAUAUGCAAGCACAGGCUAGCAAUGGUGCUAGCAACCUCACACCUACCAAUGAGGAGGAAGAAGAUGAAGAGGAUGAAUAUGACUAUGACUAUGAAUCUCUCUCUGAUGAUAACAUUCUUGAAGACCGACCCGAGAAUAAAUUAUCAAGUGAUAAACUGCAGUUUGAAUAUAAUGAAGAGACUGCCAAACGAAUAAAGAAGGCUGAUUGUGCUACUUACAAUAAUAAAGGAAAGGUUUAUGACAUGGAGCUGGGAGAAGAAUUCUACCUUCCCCAAAAUAAGAAGGAAAGCAGACAGAUAGCGCCAGAGUUGUCAGAUCUUGUCAUUUACUGUCAAGCUGUAAAGUUCCCUGGCUUGUCAACUCUAAACCCAUCUGGCUCUAGCAGAGGAAAAGAAAGAAAGAGCAGGAAGUCCAUUUUUGGCAACAAUCCUGGCAGGCUGAGCCCUGGGGAGUCAGCUACCCUUGCCAAAGCAUCUGGAAAAGGCCCUUUCGAUGUGAUGCGGCAGACUUGGGAAGAUCCUUGUUCUCCUUACAACUCUCCAGCUUCUCUCAGUGCUAUCAUAAGGACGCCCAAGUGUUAUCAUAUCUCCUCCCUGAACGAGAAUGCUGCUAAGCGGCUGUGCAGGCGGUACUCUCAGAAGCUGAUCCAGCACACCACAUGCCAGCUCCUGAGGACCUACCCUGCUGCCACACGUAUCGAUUCCUCAAAUCCCCAUCCACUGAUCUUCUGGCUCCACGGCGUGCAGCUCGUGGCUCUUAACUACCAAACAGAUGAUCUUCCUCUGCAACUUAAUGCAGCAAUGUUUGAGGCUAAUGGUGGCUGUGGAUAUGUUUUGAAACCUCCUGUUCUCUGGGACAAAAACUGUUCAAUGUACCAGCAGUUUUGUCCUUUAGAAAGAGAUCUUGAUAAUAAGGAACCAGCUAUAUAUUCUUUAACAAUUGUGUCUGGACAGAACGUCUGCCCUAGCAAUAGCACAGGCAGCCCAUGCAUCGAAAUCGAUGUGCUUGGGAUGCCUCUGGACAGCUGCCAUUUCCGGACGAAGCCCAUCCAUCGCAACACUCUCAACCCCAUGUGGAAUGAACAGUUCCUUUUCCGGGUUCACUUUGAAGAUCUGGUCUUUCUUCGCUUUGCAGUUGUUGAAAAUAACAGCUCAGCUGUAACAGCUCAGAGAAUCAUUCCCCUAAAAGCUCUAAAAAGAGGCUAUAGACACAUCCAGCUCCGUAACCUGCACAAUGAAGCUUUAGAAAUUUCUAGUUUGUUCAUAAACAGUCGGAGAAUGGAAGAAAGUCCCUCUGGAAACACCCUGCCUGCAUCUAUGUUGUUUAGUAUGGGAGAAAGGAAAGCUGCUGUGACCUACAAAGUGACAAUUCAUGGAAUUCCAGGCCCAGAGCCUUUCACUGUGUUUACUGUAAGUGGAGGGACCACAGCUGCACAGCUUCUCCAUCAGCUCUUGGCUGCCACAAAAGGUACCGAGUCAUGUGCUGCAGACUAUUUUCUGAUGGAAGAGAAAAGUUUUAUAUCUAAAGAAAAGAGUGAAUGCAGAAAACCACCAUUCCAUAGAGUGAUUGGGCCUGAAGAAGGGGUAGUGCAGCUUUUGAACAGCUGGUUCCCAGAAGAAGGAUACGUUGGAAGGAUUAUCUUUAAAACCCGAGAGGAAAAUUUAAAUGAGAGAAACAUCUUUCAAGAAGCAAAGGAAGAGGCAGCCGUCAGCUCUGAGGAUGACAGUUUCUUUGUUCAGGUACAUGAUGUUUCCCCAGAGCAACCACGCACCGUCAUCAAAGCUCCCCGUUUCAGCACAGCUCAGGAUGUCAUACAGCAAACUCUUUGCAAAGCCAAAUACUCCUACAGCAUUUUGAGCAAUCCAAAUCCAAGUGAUUACGUGCUGUUGGAAGAGGUGACAAAAGAGCCAGCAAACAAAAAGUCCUCCAUGUCUAAACCAUCUCAGAGGAUUCUCUCUGACCAAGAGUGUGUGUUUCAGGCCCAAAGCAAGUGGAAGGGAGCAGGAAAAUUUAUCCUUAAGCUCAAGGAACAGGUUCAGGCAGCACGAGAUGACAAAAGGAAAGGUAUUUCUUUUACCAGUGAGCUGAAGAAGUUAACCAAGUCAAGUAAGCAGUAUCGGGGAUUCAUAUCACCACCCCUGCAGGUCUCGCCGGAUGGCCCACAGGGCAAAGAUGAAAGGUCUGCGUGCAGUUUGACUUUUAGUGACAUUACAGAAUAACAACCACCACUGCCUACAGGUCAAUUGAUUCAGUGCCUUGGAAGGAGCCUGCUGCGGACUGACCUGGUCAGCAAUUGUGUGCCCUGGCCUAUAGAUGCUUAAUACAGGCACUGCUGCUAGGUUAGCAUCCAGAACCUGGGAAUCCUAAGUGGGAAGUCAUAGAUUGGAAAGAUGCCUGUCAGCUAUCGGAAGAUUCUUCUCUUCCCGUAUCUUCACAUCUGCAGGUUCUCACUAGGUGGAUGACGAAGCAUUCUUGGACUGCAUACUGUAAACAAGUGCGUGUCGUCGCCCUCCCCUUUUUAAACUAAUUUAGCUACUUGCCACUAGGAAACUGAAGGCAGAGAACCAGAGUGUUCUUUUAUGUGUAUUAUAUUAAAAUAAUGCACUUUUACCUGAAGAUUUCAGUUAAACACUGUGUUAAGUGAUUGUAAAGAGAUUUAAAUAUACUGUAACUUCCUUUGCAUUUCUGUUUAACUUUGGUGGAUAUACACAAAACACUCAAAUUAUUUAUGGUUUAUCUGCUUCAACAAAAUAAUGUACAAUAGCUAACUAAAUGCACCUAACAGGUAGCGAUACUUUGACAAAGAACAUUUUCUUCUUAUAAAUUCUAGUUUUCCAGGCUUGUGUUUAAAGAAAGAAUAUUUAUUAUCAUGUUCCAAAGUACAUGCCAUUGUAUAAUAUAUUUAUCAUAUGCUACUAUUUAGAAAAUGCAAAAGUUUUACCUCUUGAUUUAGAGGAAAAAUAUGUUUUAACUCUUCUGGUUGUUUCUUUUCAGCACAAGAUGUUUAAUACCCCAAACUGACCAAACUCAAAUCAAUGCAUUGAUAAAUUUAAUUAACAUUUCAAAAUAAAUCUUCCAUACAGUCAGGAAGUGGCUUUUUACUUGUCUGUUUAACCCAGAGAGUAUAAAGAAUUCUUAUGCUAUAACUCUUGAUAUUCUUGUUUACAUAGAAACACUGUUGUAAAGUUUUAUGUUUGUUUGCUGAAUUUGUCAUUGAUACAUAAGUUAGUUGUGGUUGUAUAUUUUUUUUUCCUCCAUGGGAGUUAUUACUGUGUUUAGUUAAAACAGUUCAUACCAACCUACAGGGGCACAAAUGAAACAAUUGCUGAAAUCAAUCACACUAAUUUUCCACAAGGAGCAUAUCUGUAGUGAAAGAUUUGCUCUGUACACAUUUUGUCUCCCUAGACCAAUUCCUAAAGAAAGCAUUUCGGUUACGUGGUGUGACUAAGUCAAAAACUCCAUGAGUACAGGGAGCGAUUUAUGCACUCAGUUAUUCCACAUCAACUUGAGCACUCCAGCACAAAAUGCUCCUAAGCGAGAGGCAGCAUCAGGCAAAGGAUAGAACAAGUUGUAACUGAAAUGAGGUUUACUUUUGAUAGUGCAAGGAUGAAAAGUUAAGAAGUUACAGGCAGCACUGCUGUGACAACCAACCUUCCCCCCCCCAUAAUUAGAAAAUUAAAUAAAGUUAUUAACUGCCAUAUAAACAACCAACAGAACCUGCGUUCUGUCACCAGAAGCUAUGAAGUCUUUCACUAUGCCACUGAGAAUGCCUACAAAGUAGCCAAUAGCAAAGCAAAAAAGUGCCCCCUUGAGGUCAUUUCUAGCUUUCAGGAAAAAUAACCACAGGCACACAAGUUUCCCCAUGGCCUGUCCUCCCAGAGGCCAUGCGCUCCCCACUGCUUAUCUUCAGCACUGAUGUAGCCAGCGAAAGAGUGCUUUGCAACUCAGCAACACGAUCCAAUCAAACACCCCACCCCCUAGCUCAGCCCCUUCACUUAGGAAUGGUGAGUUCUAACCACACAGCCCCUGUAAGCAUGAGGUACAACUCUCACCCAAACCCCAGGGCACAAGCAUCACACAAGACUGAUACGGAGUAAAAUGUUUGUUAGAGGUGAGCUUACCCAUAGAUUGAUAACCAGUUUGCUUUGGACUACUUGGAAUUACUGGGAAAUACAUCCAUCUACUGCACAAUUCAAUUUAUGCAACUUUUUAAAAUGUUAGCUUCAUUCUCCCUUAUUUUAACACAGCAGCAGUGUCACAUCACUAAGAGUUAUUUCUUUUGUUUUUAUGGCAUUUUAGAAAAAAAAUACUUUCUAUAGGGUUUGACCCUACUGGCUUCUUUUCUUAACAUCACCUGUAGUACUACAGGAGUCUGGAAGACACACUUGCUAAUUAGAUUCAACACAGAAAGUUCUUACACCCAUGUUACCAUGUGCUAAUAGUUUUCUGCCACAGAGCUAAAAAGGACAAAAAAACCUUUGGGCAAUCAAGGGACAACAGUAGCCAUGUCACAUUGUGUAACACAGGUCUAACAAACAGCAGCCUGAACGCUUGUACUACGUCUUCUAACACAAUCAUUCUGUAGCUGUGGGAAUAGUUUAUUAAGUAUCUUCAAUCAGAGCCUAAAGCUACUUUUGCUGCUGCUUAUCACAGUGAAAGAGAACAGCAAAGUAUUCGUCUUCCUGUUAAAAAAAUCCAACUUCAUAGGCAAGUGGAACUGCGUAAGGCUAACUACACUGUUCCAGAAUUUUCAUUAAUGUACACACACUGCUUAAUUUCAAGUUUAAAUUUUGGUAAAUAUCCAAGUAUACUUUUGUUUGCAAAAUUUGAUAUAUUUUGGGGUGAAGCUGGAAAGGAAAAUAGUAUCCUUCCCUUUAUGUUGGUUCCAAGUAUCCUAAUUAUGAAAUACACUUUUGAAACAUUAAACAUUUUUAUGUGGGUUUUUUUUUCUUCUGUGAAAACCCAGUUGAACAGAUUUCAUGUGCUGAAUUAUUGUUCUAAUAGGAAAGUUUAUUCUGCUUAGCCACAGAUUUUAUGUCUGCAGGAAUACCUGUCCACACAUUCCUAUGGCAAGACUGACAAAAAUAACUGUCCCUUUCUGUGCUUUUGGCUUGGCAUGGACAUCAAUUAGGAAAAUACAUUCAUUUUUACAUGACAAAUUAUUUACAGGAAGCAACCUCCAGAAUAAAGUUUGAAAGAAAGGAAUGUAAAUAACCGACACCUUCCAGAAACACGCAGUUUCCAAGUAGUAGCAGAGCCUCACGCUGCACAAUUUACAGGUGAAAAUCUCAUGCUCUGUUGCCUAUUGGCAAAAAUAGAGCAGCAUUUUACUCUGUACUAUUUUAAAGGCACUGUUGCUUUUCUACCACUUUCUUAGCUUGUCCUUGUGUAGCAGUGAUGUGACUGUAUGGGACAGAAGCUGGACAGCCACAGGUCCUGGGCAUGCUGCAGUACUAGCUGGUUUGCAGGAACGGAGACACAUCAGGAGGUACUUCCUACCACCUGAAGCUUUUCCUGUUUCUUUCUUACUGAUCCCGAGUUUAUCAAUUAGGAUAAUAGCAAAUACUAUGUCAGUUUUAAUUUUGAAACCUAAGUACUUUAUUUUUAUUGCUACAAAUAGGACUAGAUGAAGUAUCUCAAUAUCCAUCCUUAGAAAGCUGUCUGCUUCUAGAAAUCACGUGUCAAGAAUUAAAGACUUUAACAUGGAAAUAUCUAAAUUCUUCAAUACACUCUCCUGCAUUCAUAGUUUUGUCUUUAAAAAAGAACAACUUGCUGGUAGCUUUACAUGUCACCAAAAGGUUGAGUUUGCAGCCUCUGAAACUGAACUGUCCAUUCUCCUUUAGGCCUCCAAAUACUUCAAUUAACAUUCGGUUUUUAAUCACUGGUUGUUACUAUUCCACUCUGAACCUCAGUUUUCUUUUAAAGUAGCCCACUAAAUGUAACAAUAGUGGCGUUUCUUCCUGUCUGUGAUAAAUAAUUUCAAUAGUGUUAGACAUUUGGCAGUUAGCACAUUAAACGCAAAAAUAAAUAGCAGUAAAUAGACUUUGCUCCAAUAGACAAAUAGGAUGUUUCAGAAUGACUUAGUUGUACAGUUGUCUUCCUCUGCCUCUUCAAGCAUUCUGUAGAAGUACUCUAACAAUGCAACAUCACUAUGUGCCAGUCUUUCUAUUGUUUGGAAACUAUGUAAAAUGAGCAAUUUUAAAAGUGACUCUUCCACCUGGACUAUUUGCCUUCUGCUGACUUGAAGAAUAAACCUGUAUUUGUAUAUGUUGUAAAAAAAAUAAAUGGUUUACUAUGUUGA